GACCAUUCUAAAUUUGUUUGGGAAAAUUAAACGUCCUGGGGAGAAAAAAAGCAGACGCUUGUCUAAUUUUUGCGGGUUCGAAGGUGGAUGAAAGCCAUUGGUUCUGGGGAGCUGAUGACGGUGAGAGCGCUCCGUGUUCUCCAGGAGCGCCUUCUUCAGCUUCUUUCUGCACCCAGCAGCUGGGACCACAGCACCAUGUGGAGCUGAGCUGUAUCUUUCCCUCUCUUUUUUACGCUUUAAACUCUCUUUUUUUUCGAGAUAUCAUCAGCUCUGGUUCAUUUCAGAGCGCGUCCCAGAAGCGCGCAGAGCGGCGCACAUUUGGAGACGAGGAAAAAAACCAAACAAACAAAAAACCAAUCAGUGCUCAGUGCAGCGCAGGCAGGUCUUUGCUCUUUUAAAAAGCAGCAGGGACGGCUGGCUGCUGGAGAGUUGGCGCUGUCGGUGCAGGAGCGAAGACGGACUGCGCUGGUUGGGGGAAAGCAAGAAUUAAAAACAGCGGAAUAAAGAGGGAGAACUUGGAUAUGGCUGCUGUGAAGACGUUCAACCUUCUCGCUGGAGUUGUUUCAUUGUUGCUCUGUGUGUUGAAUAUCCGAGCGGACAUCGGAGACGGGGUCUCUUAUUCGUAUGUGUUGGAGCGAGAUGGAGAUGAAGGCGCAGCGGUGGAUGUAAGGCUGUACAGUCAUCGAUGGAGGAGGUGGCUUCCCCCAAAACCUCGUAACAUGGACAGCAACAGAGCUAGCCAGGAGCAGGAACAGGAGCCAGAGCCGGAGGAGCUUGAAGGGUUCCCUGGCCUGCUGUCCGCAGAGGACACAGACAACAGCUCCCAGAUUGAGGAGGACAUGGAUCACAACUACUACACAUCAAAAACAUACGGUCCGUCAGAUCCUAUGAGCAAAGACUUGUGGGUAAAUAUUGACCAGAUGGAGAAGGACAAAGUGAAGAUCCAUGGGAUUCUGUCUAACACACACAGACAGGCAGCGAGAGUUAAUCUGUCCUUCGAUUUCCCGUUUUAUGGACAUCUCCUGCGUGAAAUCACUGUAGCAACUGGUGGUUUUAUUUAUACCGGAGAUGUCGUCCAUCGGAUGCUCACAGCAACACAGUACAUCGCUCCUCUGAUGGCCAACUUUGACCCAAGUGUCUCCAGGAACUCUACUGUAAUCUAUUUUGACAAUGGCACUGCUCUGGUGGUGCAGUGGGACCACGUCCACCUGCAGGACAACUAUAACUUAGGCAGCUUCACCUUCCAGGCCACGCUGCACAACACAGGAAGGAUUGUGUUUGCAUACAAAGAGAUCCCCAUCGAGAUAUCACAAAUCAGUUCUGUCAAUCACCCGGUGAAGGUGGGCUUGUCUGACGCCUUUGUGGUGGUCCACAAGAUCCAGCAAAUACCCAACGUAAGACGGAGGACGAUUUAUGAGUAUCACCGUGUGGAGCUUACAAAGACGAGGAUCACCAAUUCUUCAGCUGUGGAAAUCAUUCCUUUACCCACCUGUCUCCAGUUCACCAGCUGUAGUACCUGCAUCUCCUCUCAGAUUAACUUCAACUGCAGCUGGUGUCAUCGGCUCAACAGAUGCUCCAGCGGCUUUGACCGCCAUCGACAGGACUGGGUGGAUAACAGCUGCCCAGAUGAGACCAAAGACAAGAUGUGCGACAUAGACGAUACUACGCAACUGUACACCUUCACCACCACUAUCACUGCCAGAACAGCAUCGAGAAGUAAAGGAAGCACAACAGGCUGGGGCACACCUUCCACCUCUCAUCCUCCCACCAGCGCUCCUACUGAAGAUGAUACCAAGAUUGCACUGCAUCUCAGAGACAACCAAGUAAUGCCUGCUGACAGCGCCGUCAAUAGGGUGCCAGGCACGCAUCCUCUGCACACAGGUCUGAUCUUGGGCAUCCUGCUGGUGAUGCUCAUCAUGAUUGCCGGUGUUCUGAUCACGGUCUACAUGUACCAUCACCCAACCUCUGCUGCCAGCCUCUUCCUCAUCGAGAGACGCCCAAGCAGGUGGCCGGCCAUGAAAUUUCGCCGGGGUUCGGGUCAUCCCGCGUACGCUGAGGUGGAGCCAGUGGGCCAUGAGAAGGAGGGCUUCAUCGAGUCAGAGCAGUGCUGAGGAACCUCUCACCCAGAACCUCCAGGAUCGACCUAUCGGUUUAGGAGCUUUGGUAAAACUCUGAAUUUGGCCCUUUAGAGCUAGAGGAAACCCACUGAACAGCUCCUGUCGGUGAGGAACAGACUUACCGGGGACACGGGGGAAUGGGACAGCACUGAGACAUCGUCAAUUCAGCUGGCAUUGAUAAGGAUUUCUGGCUGCUGUCAUGCUGCCAGGAAGGGACUGGACUGACUGGUUGUUUUUGUCCAAGCAGGAAGCAGGGUGACCUAUACAAUAUAUAUUUUCAGAACCAAUACAGAGUAAGUGAACAGAGACUUCCACUUGAUUGUCAGUGGUGUUAUAAGCCUUUGUAUAUCCAUCUGGUUUAUACUAGUAUUCCUUUUUAUUCCUUUUUUUUGCAAUUAUCAGUAUGAUAGGGUUGGCACAUUUCUCUGUUGGUAUUGCUUUUCUAUACCACAGCAGAUGUAAUUGACUUUUCCACAGCCUGCUCUGCUGUGCAGCAUGACGUGAGCUGAACAGUCAUUGAGAUCAAUCAGAGCUCUGAACAUUCAGCUUCUUUUUUAUGGGUUAGUUUAUGAUGAUCAGCUGGGGAGACUUAGUGUUUUUCGUUUUCAUGGGUGAUGGGAGCAUUUCUUUUGUGUUUGUAUAUUCAUUAAGGCUGUGCCCUUUUGUCCCUGACUAGAAUUUGCACCGUUUUUUGUUGUUUUUUUUCCAUUAAUUUUCAUGCACAUUUUUAGAUCUUGCAGAUUACAAGACAGGUGCUUGUGAGUGUGAAUAUAUUUUCUGAAGUGUCAGUGAUUUGUGUGUGUGAAUACAGAGGAGUAGUUAACAGCACUGAUGGGAUAUCUGCUUACUUUAUGGAGUUUUAUGCUUGAGCUGGCUCUGUACAAGUGACUCUUACAUUUAGAGGUGCACAGGAUGUGCAGUCAGGUCUUUACAUACAGUCAUCAUGAUAAUGAAUGGCACACAUUUUAAAUUACUUCUUACCUUUUUUCAGAUUGUACAUACAACUCCAUUUAUUUUUAAAAACAACAAUUUGGCAUAGAAAUUUUAAUCUUUUGUAGAUUUUCUUUGAUCCACAGUAAUAUUUGGUUAGCCACUCUCUGUUAGUAGGAUUAAGCAACUACUUCAGUUUGAAUGAUUCCUUUUGGUUCUCCCAAAAAAUCUACAUAGUUAAGUCGUUGCCUAAUUUAAUUUAUUGUAGAUUUUCUCGAAUCCUCACAGUCAAAAUUAUGCACAAUCUUCCUCACUAACCUUUGAUUAAAUAUUCCAUGGCAAGUUGUACCUUGAUCACAGGCUUUUUGUAGCUCUCGCCAACAUUGUGGUAUGACACUGGCUUCAUGUUUAGCCACUCGUCAUAGGUGCAAAAUACACCACAAAUUCUUAAUCCCGAGGGUUCAGGUUAUCUUAAAUUAACCUGCUUUAUUUACUCCAAAAUCUCAGGUUAUAUAUGGGAUUAUUGUUCAUUUAAACUCCUAAUUGAGAUGACAUUUAACUGUUAAAAGUCUAACUUCUGAUUGGAAGUGAAUGAUAAGCCUUCAUUUGACACAGUCAAAUAAUACUUGUUUGAAAUGGAUGAUCCUAAAAUCUGAAACACCCCAGUUUGUGUAAAUAUUCAUUUCCUCUUGUAGAUAUUCAGUAAGUUCCUUGUACUUUUCCAAUGUUCUGAGUAUUGGUCAAUCGAAUGUGUGACACCAAAUCCUUUUUAUACUAGGAAAAAAAGAACUACCAGCUACCAUCGAUCACGAUCACCAAUGAGGAAGUAGUGGCACCUUCAGCAUUACAUGUUUAACAAUUUAGGUGAAUGCAAGCACAUGUUUGAGCCUGUAUGUAUAAUUUUGACUGUGUGGAAUGAGAAAAUCCAUACUAACUUCCAGUCAAAUUAUGUUUAGAAAAUUGUUUUUAAAUUUUAAAUAAUAAUUAAAAAUAAUUAUAAUAAUUAAUGUGAUGAAUGUAUGUAAACAGCUGGCCGUAACUAUUUCUGAAAACAAAUGUCACUGAUUGGAGAUUUAUUGAAUUUAAAGGACUGUUUCCUUUUCUAGUUUCACAACAGGAAAUAACCAGUUCUGUAUGACUUUAACAGUUUAUCCUUGUGAACAUAAUAAUGUAUAUACCAAACCAAAACAUUUGCAGAUUCAGGUAACUCGUGGCAAACAUUUAUAUAGCAGUGAUGGUACUGAGAGACAUUUUUUUUAUUUUUUAUGAGUGGCCUUUUUUCCUCUACUUUUUUACUUAAAUGUGAACACUGUUGUGUUUUUCUUGCUGUCACAGAUCAAUACGCAAUCUAAACAUUAUUUUUUGCUGAUUACACCAAUGAAUGUGGACUUAAUGUUGAGACAGACACUCGAGAUCAAUAUACUGAAAUUCUAAUUUGCAAAACAAAAAAGUGCAAUGUUCCAUCAUCAAUGUUCAGGACACAGAAAGUGCAUAAACUUUCCAUUUGUUUUGAUGUUUUUUUCUGUUGACACCACGUUGCCAUCACAUUGAAACCAAAGACUAAUUAGCAUGAGAGUGGAAACCAUUUUCCCUCACAGCCUCCUCACCUCAGAACUCAGCUGCCAUUAGCGGUAGCUUUGAUAAAGUACUGUUACGAUAGUCAGAAGCCAUUUUCUGUUAUUUAAAACUGUGUACAAAGUAUUCUUUGCAAAAAUUGUAAAACAUGCUAAAUCCUUCUCCUGGGUAAUAUAUCCUUAAAUUAUUAAUAACUCUAAAGACAUGUAAAAAUGUCCAAAUACAAAGAAACUUUAAAACAUUAUAAGGGCAAAAUUAACAAUAACUACAAAACCCAGCCAGUAACGUUUUUAGUUUAGGCUGAUAAUAGAAGCUUCCUGGAUAAGACGCAAAAGUAUAAAUUCUGUCUUUUUGUAUCCAAUUCUAACCAACUUUCUGAUUUCAAGUAAGUUAACAUUGAGAUAUUUAAAAAGAAUUUUAAAAAUAGAACAAAGACAAAAUUAGCAGUAGUUAUGGAAGUUAACAAAGUUUUUGUUUAGGCUAAUGCUAGCUGUUCUUUGACAUUAACACAGAAAGAACAACUAAUUUGUUAGUAUCAAAUGCUGUAUGCCUUUAUGAUUUGAAUUAAAUGAAUACUUUUUCUGUUUCUGAGAUUUUAUAGAGAUUCUAUAGACAAAAUUGGCUAUGACUAUAGAUGUUAGCAUGCAAACCUUUUAGCUCAGGCUUUUGCUAGUAAUUCUUAAAUUAAUCUCAGAAAUUUCAUCAAAACCUCUACCAAAAUGACACAAUAAUGUGUAAAAUAAUGUUAUUUUGACUUACAAAAAUAUUUAUUUUCCUAAAUUAAUAUAAUACUGUUUUAAGAAAAUUGUUUUUUGAUUGAAAAUUGCAUUGGCCACAUUUAAAUGCCACAAAAAAAAACAACAACAAAAAAAUACAUUUGUUCUGAAUGGCUUAAUUUUGCAGAACACAGGAUAUUGUUUAUCUAAACAAUUAUAGAUGUAUUUGGAAUUUUAACAAUUGAGAAUUUGGCAAGUUUUUUUGAGUAAAACAUUUUACUUUUCAUUGUUUUUUGACGUACAAUAAAAUAUUCAGGCUCAAAAAUGCUUUGAAUACAUUCUUUCAAACAAAUCUGGUAUCUGCUAUUUACAAAUAUUUAUAUGCUGCUAUCUUCAAAAAGUCAUUGAUGCAGUCUGCUUGGAAGUCAUCGUGACCCAUGUCUAAGUUGAUGCCUUCAACUGUAAGGUGUCAUUCCCACACGUCAACGAUGUGUAUCAGAAAAUUUGCCCGUUAUUUUCUAUUAAACAACCCACAUUGGCACUUGCCAGUAGCCAAUGCUCCAAGAAGAGCAUCCCCCUAUCCUUUUCAAACCUCUUCUGCUUAGAAGAUUUGUAGCUUCUUAUGAAAAUACCUGCAACUGAAGGUGUACAAUCUGUUCUUACAAUGUAUAUUUAAGUAAGACUCACAAAAUGUGUGUUAAAUCCACCAAAGGGCAUUCUUCAAAUUUCUUAAGACUCUCAAAGUGAGUUAACCUUGAGACAAAUAAAAAAUACUAUCAGUGCAGCUGCAAACACUGUUUAAUAACUGGGGGUUAACUGUUUUAAAAUUGUGUUACCUCCACUAACAUAUCAAUUUACCUUAAGUUUUGUAAAAACAAACUAAAUGACAGAAUAACAUUGCUCUUAGUCCUGCAACAUGGGGUAGACCCCAGUUCAUAAUGACCAGAACUUACAACAAGACAAAAUAUUUUUUGGAGUUGCUUCUGUCUCCUUUAGAGCCUCCAUAUUCAGCCAUACUUUUAUAGGACUGACAUUUCCGUGAAAAUAAAGAAACUGUGCCCCACAGGAAGUUCAAAAACAUCCAUUCAUGUUUUCAACUACCAAUUCAUAAAAUUGCCAAAUGCAUCUACAGAAGUCACUAUUUUUAAGCGCAAGAGCAACUAAGGGAGAAGGCUUAGCAUCAAAGCUAACAGUUUAAUUUUUUUUCCUUUCAUCUUCUUUACAAUCAAAGUCAUGCAUAGAAAUUCUGUAUGAACACCAAAACUGGAAAAUGGUGACUGUUUAAACUUGUGCACAUAGUAAUAUGAUAUU